CGUCAAUUAAAUAUCACAUGUGACUUUAUCGACAAAAAGCUUUCACAAUUGUAGUUUAAUUCUCUUCUCUCUCUCUCUCUCUUCACCGUCACUCAAAUGCGCAGAGGUAGAGUGUUGAAACUGCAGUAACGAGGUUCAAGAGCUAAUGGGUAACAGGAGUUCGAAAAGGUCAUUAUCAGGCCGGUACACAUCUUAUGCAUCCAGUUCAAAUUCAUAUAGCCAUAAUGCCUAUCCGCAGUCAUCAUAUCCUCAGUCUAGUCACAACUAUGCUCCUCCAACUCCGAGCUACGGUGAUCCACCCCCAGAAUCCAAGAGAAGGCUGGAGAGGAAGUACUCGAGAAUAGAUGACAAUUACAGUAACAUUGAUCAGGUUACGGACGCCCUUGCACGUGCUGGUCUGGAAUCCUCAAAUUUAAUAGUUGGUAUUGAUUUCACCAAGAGCAAUGAGUGGACUGGUGCCAGGUCAUUUCAUAGGAGAAGUUUGCACCACAUUGGCGAUGAGCAGAAUCCCUAUGAACAAGCCAUAUCAAUCAUCGGAAGAACACUAUCCAAAUUCGAUGAAGACAAUUUGAUUCCUUGCUUCGGAUUUGGAGAUGCUUCGACACAUGACCAAGAAGUCUUCAGCUUUUUCCCGGACGAGAGAUUUUGUGAGGGUUUUGAGGAAGUAAUGUCGCGAUAUAGAGAGCUAGUUCCCCAGUUGCGACUAGCAGGACCAACAUCUUUUGCUCCUGUUAUUGAAAUGGCUAUCACUAUUGUGGAACAGAGCGGUGGCCAGUACCACGUAUUAGUGAUUAUAGCUGAUGGGCAGGUCACGAGAAGUGUUGACACUGAUCGUGGCCAGUUAAGUCCCCAAGAGAAGAAAACGGUUGAUGCAAUUGUCAAAGCAAGUGAGUACCCCUUAUCAAUAAUAUUGGUGGGAGUUGGAGAUGGGCCUUGGGAUAUGAUGAAGGAAUUUGACGACAAUAUUCCUGCUCGUGCCUUCGACAAUUUUCAGUUCGUAAACUUCACAGAUAUUAUGUCGAAAAACAUGGACCCUUCCCGUAAAGAGGCCGAGUUUGCACUUUCAGCUUUGAUGGAAAUACCUUCUCAAUACAAAGCAACACUCGAGCUUAAUAUUCUUGGUGCUUCAAGAGGGAAAGGUAUAGAUCGGGUUCCUCUCCCUCCUCCUCUGUAUGGUGCAGCUUCUUUCUCCACGCCAAAACCUUCCCGCUCGAACAGUUUCCAGCCAAGCGCGCCUUCUUCUAGUGAGCGUGAGCCAGUUUUAAGAACAAGCCAAUCUGGAAGCCAUUCUUCUUCUGAGAACCAUCUCUGUCCAAUCUGCAUCACUGAACCGAAGGAUAUGGCAUUUGGCUGCGGACACCAGACCUGCUGCGAAUGUGGGCAAGAUCUCUCGUCGUGUCCAAUUUGUCGGAUGACGAUUCACACGAGGAUAAAGCUCUACUAGACGAUCACUCGUUUAACGCUCUACUUCAUCUCUCAAUGCAGAAAUAUGCAAUGGAUGGUCACUGUGAAACCUGCUUAUUACUGACUAGAUAUAAGAUGAAUUUCUUCAGCAUUAUUUUUGUACAUAUGCUUCUUUUAUUAUUCUAUUGUUAUUUUUUCACGAAUAAGAAUUAUGUCUUGUUUUAGUUGAAGAAUGCUACUAUUAUGAUAUUCUGGAAUAUAGUAGUAGUGCUUAUUAA